AUGGAGUCCCUCCUCUCGCUCUCCUUUGACAACAUCUCCUCGCGAGACAGCCUCAAGAUUCGAAAGGGCCUCCGACAGAUCGAAGGCCUGCUGGCACAGAUCUGCCUCUCCAAGGCGAGCACGAGGAGUCCCCACAAGAGGAAGAGCUCGGCGCUGGAAGACCAGCAGCAGCAGCAACAUCAGCAACAUCAGCAGGGGAAGGCAAAGGCACUGAACGAGUUGAAGCACGACCCGGCAUUCAGGGAGUUCUUCCGAUUACAAGAAGGGUUUCAGUGGAAUGGUGAGCAAGACUCAAUGCAAGACGGGACAUGGGAUUUUCUGACAGAGAGAGAGAGUGUAGUUGCGUCACGGCUCAUUUCGACCCUCGAAUGCCUCAUGGGCAUGGGCAACCCAUCUGAGACCGACUUGUUGAUCCUCGCAUGCCUCGAACUCCUCCAGGGUGCCCUUCUACUUCACGCGCCCUCCAAAUGUCUCUUCCAGCGGCAGAUCCACAUGAACCUGCUCCUCGACCUUCUCGACUCCUCGAAUCCUCCCAAGAUCCAAUCACAGACUCUGCUUGUUCUCGUAGCAGCAUUGCUCGACUGCCCGCGAAACACCAGAACAUUCGAAGCGAUCGACGGGUUGCUUACGGUCACCAGCCUUUUCAAGAGCAGGUCAACAAUAAAGGAAGUCAAGAUGCGCGCUCUGGAGUUCCUCUACUUCUACCUCAUGCCAGAGACGCCAGUAGCACCCAUCACGAGUGCGAGUGCGCCGAACACUGCUGUCGUGCAACGGAACGUGGACAAGCAUUUCGAGGCGCGGGUGGGCCAUGCUCGGACGCACUCGGGGGAUGCCAUGGACACGGAUGAGGACGACGGGGACACACGAUCCCAGGAGUACAAGCAGACCAUACUCGGCCAGUACCUCAGCAAUGUCUCGGAGCUUGUGGCGGACUUGCAGGAGAGCGCGCCGUUCAGCGCGGUGUCCGCAUGA